ACCUAUCUGAGCAGUAACAGUCUUUUGACUGUAUUUUACCAAUAAAAAUAGCGACAGCUUUUAUUGUAAAUUUAAAACAAUUAUAAACACUAAAUGGUUGAAUGGUUGGUAGUUUUUAUCGUUAUUAAUAAUUUGAUUUAUUUUAAAGCCUGAAAAGUAGUUGCUUUGUUUUUGGUCUCACCCAUUGCUGAACCAAUGCGUUCACAAUCACGUAAAAACUUGGUUCUACAAUCGCAAGGGUCAAUGUUGGAGGAAGAUAUGAAUGGAAAUAAUGAAAACACAUUAAGUAGCAAACCACGAUGGGGUCCAAACACCAAAGGAGCUAAGACUCUUAAACAGCUAUAUACACCAGGAAAGCGUAUUCAAGAACUCAUUACCUUUUACCUGUGUAAUGUGCUCAUUGUAUGGCAUAUUUACUACAUCAUUCGGCAUGUAGAAUGUGGAAGUAUAGUAUCAACCUUUUCAGCUUUAUUUCUUGGAAUUUUAUCGGCUGAUUUUGCGUCCGGCUUUGUUCAUUGGGCAGCAGAUAGUUGGGGUUCUGUUCAACUUCCAGUUGUAGGAAAAGCAUUUAUUCGUCCGUUUCGCGAACACCAUAUUGAUCCUACUGCCAUAACAAGGCAUGAUAUGAUUGAAACCAACGCUGAUAACUUUAUGUUGGCCAUCUUGCCGAUAUCUUUAUGCAUCUACUUGUUUUACACCAGACCAGAUGAAGUCAGCAGCUUUUACAACUUUUCCGUGUACGUUUGGUUCUUUAUGGUGUUUGUAUGUCUGACGAACCAAAUCCACAAAUGGUCACACACUUAUUUUGGUCUACCAAGUUGGGUGACUGUGUUGCAGAAGUUACACUUGAUUCUACCAAAGCAACACCAUCGUAUUCACCAUAUCGCGCCUCAUGAAACGUAUUUCUGCAUUACCACUGGUUGGCUUAACUGGCCACUUGAAAAACUUCAGUUCUGGUCAACACUGGAAAAUUGCAUCACUGUUGUUACCGGUGUUAAGCCACGCACUGAUGAUUUAAAAUGGGCAAAGGGUGGAGCAAUGUAGUUCUAACUAUCAUGAAUGGAAUCUUACAGUGAAGUUACUGUUAUCUUUUGUUAUCCUUUCUAAAGGCUUGUCUUCAUUCACGCAGUGGUAGUGUUAUUUUUAUACUAACUCAAAUCUGUCAUUACACUUUAUCAUUCUUUAACAUACACUUCUUGAAUUUUUUAUCUCCAUUUAUUAUAUAAUUAUCAAAAUCAAUAAUCAUACCAUGUGUUUUAAGUUUCAACAAAACACAAGUCUAAACUUAUUGAGGCAAAACUGAUUUAUGUCGCUUUUGUUGUGAAAAUGAGCCCUUUGCAAAAGGAUUGUUUUUCAUGCAAUCUUUUUUAUUUUUGGUGGUGUAAACCCCAUGACCGCAUGCCUGGGUCCCACUACUGUUGUAUAAGCAUAGUAUUUAAAGGCAGGGGGUAAUGGGUGGUGGUUAUUUUUUGUUGUGCAUGCCCUUUAAUCACUGAUCAAAUAUUUAGUGUUUUUUUUACAUUGUUUAAUCUUAAAUGUUGAAAGACACAGAGAAUGUGCAUCGUCGUGUAAUUUAAUUUUCUUCGUUUUUUGCCUUUUUGUUUCUCUGGUUUCUCGCAGUAAAUGAAGUUCAUUCAGAGUCUUUAAAAAAGACUUCGAAUUCAUGUGUGUGUGAGAUAUGGGUGAUUUGUGUUAUUCUAUGUUUUAAAACUGAGUCGUAGCUUUUUGAUAAAGAAUAUUGUCUGUUUUGAAACCGUUGAUGUUCGCAGACAAAUAUGGGUUUUGCAUUUUCGGUAUGUGAUUAAUACGUGACUUAACUCCCUAACACCUUUCAAUUUCUGAUGUAAUCUUAAAAAUAGUCUACCAGCAUGUCACCGCUUACAAAGUUUUCGCAUUUUCAUCUGUUUUAUUGUCAACUACCAAGUAUUACGCAAUAAUGCAUGCGCUAGUAUUGACUUAGAUGUGAAUGUAUUUAAACUAAGCAUGAAAGAAUGAGCAACUUAGAAAAUACUGGCGAAAGUUUCGUAAAUUGUUUUGUGCGCUACUUUCCAAAUCUAUGAAAUUGUGUAACUGUGAUUUCGGCUUUGAAAAAGUAUGCUUUUUCACGAUUUUAUAACAAAAUAUAUCUAUAGAUGAAAUGUACUGACCGUGUGACUGACAAGUUGUAUAUUUUAGGAGAAAUAGGCUGUUACGUUACUGUUAUUUUGCAGCAUAUCAUCUUUCACAAGUAGGAAGUAAUUAUGGUUAUAACAUAUUAUAAUAAAACGAAUAAAAAUUAGCAAUGAUA